AUGCGGUCUAUUCGAGACAAGGUGUCGGGACGAGCCAAACACAGGGGCUCUUUCGAUCUGAGUUCCAAGCGUGAUCGUGCGCUGAGCUUGACAGAUCCUGUGCCGAGGGUUGGCAGCCGCCGAUAUAUAUCUCCGGAUCUCAAGGCACCCGUGCUGCCCGACAUUGCAGCCGAGAUGCUCAGUGGCCAUCCCACGCCCGCACCCACACCCACACCCAGCUCGCACCUGAAUAGUACCGAAACGUUCGCUUUCGAAGCACAAUCGGCUUUAAAUGUAGGACGUACGGUGACCCAUACAUCGGUACAUGUCAAUAUGCCGGGCUAUGGAGACGCACAAAACGGACACGGUCAGGCCAGCAAGUCGGUCACGGCCCCUUCAACACCGCGAAACCAUGGCCAGGACCAAUGUGUCCGUACCAGCAGUGGAGGCAAUUUGGCCCUGCCCAGCAGUAGCCAGUCGGCCGCUAGUAGUCAUGGAAGCCGCGGUAUCGAUGCUGGACUUCGCAGGAAAUCAGUGCCAUCUGUAUCGCUACCGAUCCUGGAAGAUGAAAGUACCUCGGUUAGCGUGCAAGAGAACUACACUAGCCCAGCAACGCCCAGAAAGAAAAGUGGCGGGUUCGGCUCCUUUAUGUGGUGGGGUGGCCGAGACAACAAAGGAAAAGCCAAGCAUAACGAAAAGGGAGGAGAUCCGACGACCGAGAAGGGUGAGAAGCGGACAAAGACACAAUCCACGGUGCACGAGACGGAUGAGAUGGACAAGGAAAGCAGUGUAAACCACGACUGCAACGCGGUAGACAGCAACGACAGCGGUAAUCCCGGCAGACACUUUUGUAAUAGUACUUUAAAACAAACCCCUGGUGAUGGAAACAGCACCAGUAGCAACUCGCAACGCGAGGUGGGAGAGGAGAGCCAUACCAGGUGUGAAUACAGCAACAGCUCCACCGAAAUAGGGGUGGUAAGUGACACAAGCGCUCUAUCCAGUGGACGGAGGCGGCGGGCGAGUACGAAUGCUCAGAUGGCCCUAAAGGAGAUGAUUUCCCACACAGGAGAGGAUAAGAAAACGGUAGCACACUCCCAGUCAUUGGACUAUCUGCAAGCGUUUGACGCGGCUGACCCAAAUACGAGAUCGAGUCCGACUGCUGAUGAGUUCGUGGCACCCGCACCGUAUUCGCGGAGCUUUGAGUCGCACGUAAAAAAGGGGCACCCGCGAGGGUCUAUUUCGUCGGUGAUAUCUAAUGGCGAUUUAAUGGCUGAUAUGGGCGUGGAAAUAUUGCCCCAACCGCAGCGUGCACAGAUUACAGGGCCGGCACGGAGGCGGAGAAGUAGCCGCAUAAUCAUCACAGUGGACGGGACGGCUAGCCGGGAAAAUGUCGGGAACAUGCCAAGUAUAGCCCAUGGGUAGUAAAGGAAGUAAUGGAGGUGUUAGAAUCUUAGUUGAACUCGGGAGGCGAGUGUCAAAGCUCCGCGUUCGUCCACGCUAGUGUAUGUGUGAGGGACAACCUCUUGAAUUUAGGCACUAAGGAACGAGAAAGCUUGCAUCAUUUGUUUUACUGUGGUGUACGUGUAAGGUCGGGUUGCACGGAUACCAGUCCCCAACCAAGUUAUCAAGUACGCACAGCCGGGAGUUAUAGAAGAGUUGGGUGGUGGCCUUGCACGAUACUAUUGAUUGCUGUACAGUCGUUGCAGAGUGUUUACGAGUGGAAGCUAAUGCAUAUUGCAGAGAAUAUCGAAGUUGAGAUGACUAGUUGGUAGUCAGCAGCUAGGUGUCGGGGUAUGUUGGGUUUUGUAUACACAGGGGUGGUGUUGGGCCAGAAAUUUUGCGCGGACAAAUGAGACCGGCGGAGAAAGCGUGCAAUAUACUUCGUUGAAGACUGCCCAGAUUAUAGACGAGUAGACAAUGAAGAUUUAGAUUGCAAAUCGGAGGAGGUAUGCGUAACCGCAUAGUCGGAAUAGUGAUAUGAUCCUGAGGGUUAACGUUUAAAAACACAAACAAUGGGCAACGAAUACGGGAGUGAGGCGGUAUAUUAUUCAACCGGGCUUGAAGCGUUAUGAAUUCAUACUGCGUUUUCUAACCAGCCAAGGUUGCAGUGCUUUUUAGUAGGGAUUGCAUCCUCAUACUGGACCAUGAUGCCCAGAAGCAGUGCAUACUGCACGAGAAGUUCAUUUACUGUUGCAAAGAGUGUUCAGAGCAACCAGACCGAAGGCCUGUGCGAGUCCACGGUCGUCUAAAGCAUAGGCAAAUGCGUCGAUAUGCAGAGAGUUGAUGUAGAAUAUUACACACAGGAUUUUGAGACAUGGGUACCAUCACUGUUGGGGCGCCUUUCUGAAGUUGGUCUUCCGAUUCUCACGUAGGCCUAGAUAUCAGAUGGUUCAGAAAUCGUCCGUGUCUGUUCACGGAGUAUUCUAGAGAACGCUACAGACGUGUGUUUGUUGCAGCACACUGAAUCAGCACAUACAGCCAAAAAUUACAUACAGAGCAAAACAACUAAGCGUUUUCAUAUCAGACAUUGAUAGAGUACUUAAACGUGCAUUGUCGCCGGAUCAAUAGCUCCUUUGAGCGGGUUGCUGACCCACGUAAGUUUACAUACAAGCCAAACUUUAUGCCUAGCUACAUGUGCGAGAAUUUUGAUGUGUAUCGAAGAUCGAUGUAUGCAGAAUAUCAAACAAAAAAAAAUGGUUUUUAAUAAAAUAAAAACAAUACAGGA